UCCUCAAUUUGAGUCAGUGCACAAGAAGCAGUGGGAGGGGGAGCAUGUCUCGCCAAAUACUCCGCUGAAACAUGGAGUGAAAACCAAAAGGAGGCGUAAUAAAGAAAUCAGAAAAGAGAAAAGGAGAGAAAGAGAAAAAUAAUCAAUAAAAAGAGAGAAUAAACCAGUGUAGCAUGGAAAUAAAAUGCGGAGUGAUGCAAUAUGGCUAAAACCAGAGAAGAAUUAGUGGGAAAAAGGUUCUUAAGCGUGUCUGGGGGAAAUAAUAAGCUAAAAUUGUCGAAAAUUACUGAAUGGGAUUGGAGAGCGGGAGUGAUCCGCGCCUGCACCCACACUGACUCCAAGCACCACGACCUGCAGGUGUUGGUGGAGUACGAUGACGUGGAGUGGCAGAGGAGGGAGUGGGUGCACGUGUACAGAGGCCAGUGUUCCAGAUCUUCCUGCUGGAGCGAACAUUAGCCUGGGCAGCGAGGAAACACCCCACCAAGAUCAGAGCCGCCCCUGUGCCCUGGCCUGCC